UUGCGCAGUGGAGACGCGUGAGGACUAGGUUUUUUUUCUCCUGAACUCUGAAUAAAAAAAAAGUUUGCGACAAAAUCGUCAACAAGUUUUUUUGAGAGGAAGAAAAAUAAAAUCAGGCCAAAAGAAGCCGAAAAAAGUACGAUUGCUAAUUUUUCAAGACUUGCGUUGUAUGUAAAUCUAUGAAUACUAUCUAUAUUUGAAGACUUUGGAAACAAGACGUAUCAUUCAUGUAACAGACACAGCCAUUCAAAUUCGAAUGAGAGAAUAGUAUUUGAAAAGUAAUUGUUUAUCAAAGAUUUAAUUAUUAAAAUGAUGCGUUAGUUGCAUUAUAAUAGGGUGUGUGUUCGUGCGGUAGUAAAAUAUUUCGUCGAUAAAAACUAAAAAGUGUAUAUCGCUUUGAAUUUAUAUAUACAAAAAAAGAGAGCAUAAUGAAGGUGUCGUUUAAGCGACUCAUCACAAUAUGGGCUUAUAUAAUUGGUUUAAUGAUCGUUAGCAAAAUUAGCACGGUGUCUGCACAGCGAACAUUUUUCGACAAAUUUAUCAAUGAAUACAGAUCGUUUCGAGGGGGAAUUUUCAAGUUCGUUGGCCGCUCUGAUACUGAAGCAGCAUAUCUUUGGAAUGUAAAAAGACAGAAAGUUCAAAAAUCAUAUUCGCAAACCGUUAGCUUUCCAUGCAAUCCAAAUGGGCCUGGCGCAAGAAGCAACGUUACACCAAUAUCAGCGCAUACUGUUCGGCCCGGUGACAUUGAUAUUGUUGGUGCAAUUGGUGAUUCAUUAACCGCCGGCAACGGAGCGUUUGCGACAAAUAUUUUACAAGUUUUUAUUGAAAACAAAGGGGUCUCAUGGUCAAUUGGCGGACAAGGGGACUGGAGGAAGUUUUUAACGCUGCCAAAUAUAUUGAAGGAGUUCAAUAAAAAUUUGUACGGUUAUUCGACCCAGGAUGGGUUUUCUAUUGAUAAAUCUGCAAGAUUUAAUGUCGCAGAAAUUGGUGCAAUGUCGAGAGAUAUCCCCUAUGAGGCGAGAAUCUUAGUAAAGCGGAUGCGAAGCGACCAAAAUGUUGAUGUACAACGUCAUUGGAAAUUAGUAACUAUUUUAAUCGGACCGAACGAUUUCUGUUCGGACUUUUGCUACUUGCCCUAUCCGGAAAAAUCAGUAGAGAAUCAUCGCAGAGAAUUGAUCGAAACAUUACGUAUAUUGAGAGAUAAUCUUCCACGUACAAUUGUUAAUUUAGUGACGCCGCCGAGUAUGAAAGUGAUAUACCAAUUGCGUGGAAAACCAAAGGAAUGUGUGUCAUCUAAUCAUUUUGAGUGCCCUUGUAUAUUUGGUUUUAAGUACGGUCAUUUGCGUCAAUUAUAUUUCAAUAUUAUUACCAAAUGGCAAGCCGUGACAGCUGAAGUGCCAGAUUUGGAAGAAUUCACAAAUAAAGACGACUUUGCUGUGAUUAAUCAACCAUUUUUGCGACAUGUGCGAUUCCCACACGUUUCUAACGGGAACCACGAUUUUAAAUAUAUGUCCGUGGAUUGUUUUCAUUUAAGUCAAAAAGGCUACGCCAUCGCUGCCAAUUCACUGUGGAAUAAUAUGUUUGAACCAUACGGUAAUAAAUCAACUAAUUGGAAAAAAGAGUUUACUGAAUUCAAGUGUCCAACUGCAGAGCAUCCAUAUAUAUUCACAAGGAAAAAUAGCUAAUGCCAUGUCCCAGCCAUUUUCGAAAUGUUUUAGUCAUUCCGAUCAUUCGGAUCUCGGUUUUUAACUAUAAGAUUUGUAAAAUAAUGAAAUCAAAUGAAAUAAAAAUGAUUAAAUGUGUUCAAUUA